AUGCCUGUUAUAAUUAUUAAAGAUUAUACAUGGCGAGAUACUGCAGAUUGUGUUAUAAUUUACGUUCCAUUUAAAAGUUGUCCUAAAAAGAUCGAUUUUUUGGUGAUCGAUAAUUAUUUAAAGGCUAGUUGUCCGCCAUUUUUAUUAGAACUGUUUCUUUGGGGAAAUAUUAUCGAGGAAGAAAGUACAUGUACACUCGACGAUGAUAAAGUUAUAUUUUCUUUACGAAAAGCUAAUAUUUCUUUAAAAUGGCCUCAACUUGAAUUAGACGAUCUUGAUAAAAAUACUAAAAAGAAUUACCGUGAUUGUGCGAUUGAACGUAUUCAAAAAGUUACAGAAGAACGACAAAAAGCUCGAAGCGAGAAGCGACAAUAUUUGAAAAAGGAAGCAGUAAGAGCGCAAAUAGAUUUAGAUACCGCAGUUUUGAAUAAAAUAAAUGCCGUGAGGGAUUCCCAUAGAAAAGAAGCUAUGAAAGCGUUAGAAGAUUGGAGAUCUAAAGCCGAGAUACCGAUUUUAAAAAAUGAACAAGGAAAAAUUGAAGAAAAUCGUAAAGCGUACAAGCCACCGUUAAAAUGGUUUAAGGACGACGUUACUGGUACAGUGAAGAACAGGCCAAUGACCGAUGAAGAAGUUUUCGUUAAUAACACGAAGGGUUGCAGCAAAGGUAGAAAUGAUAGGGAAUUAGAUUGGAAUGAGUCCAAAGUAAAGGAAGCAUCGUUUCAUGAAUCUGAAUUUCCAAGAAAAGAAGAAGAUGGAUCAAUCGAAUUAAAUGCAAGGGAAAAUGAUCUGACGAUGAAUAAGCAUAAAUUAAAUAUUACCGAAGAAAAAAAAAUAAAUAUUUCGACGGAUAGCGAAUCGGAUUCCGAUCGUAACUCGUAUGAUAAAUCAAUUAAUGGCAACAUCUUGCGUAAGUCGUCAUCUACAUCUUCUUUUUCUACUUCUACGAAAAGUAUUCGUAGUAGUAGGAAAGAAUUAAUCGAAAGAAUAUUGACAAGUGGAAAACCACAAAGGAUGAACCAAAUAUUCGACGAACCUAAUAAAGCCGUACCACUACCAAGAAAAAAUGCUAUUAUUAAUAUUAAAUUCUCCGAACGUACAUUUCCGACUCCGGCAAGAGAAAGUCAUUUGAUCGAAGAACAAGAAGUAUGUUGUUUUUUCUUCUUCUUCUUCUCAUUUUCUUAUUUAUUGUCUUUUAUAAUGAUCUCUCACUCAUUGUGAUGGUUGGGGAAACAAGCAGAAGCAAGAAGAAAAACUGGUUUUGUAGCUGAAGAUCUGAAACCAGAGGAAAGAGACCCGCAAUGGUUAAAAGAUAAGGGAGAUGAAUUCUUCAAGGCAGGAAAUUAUUUAGGUGCUAUCAGUGCUUAUUCUCUCGGUAUAAAAAUUAGCGAUAAAAUGGCGUCAUUAUAUGUUAAUAGAUCUGCGGCUCAUUAUGCACUUGGGAAUUAUUAUAGAUGUACCGAAGAUUGUAGCAAAGCAUUAGAACUCAUGGAACCAAAAUGCGAAAGUAAUCGAGGGUCAAGAGCCAGGUGUCACGCACGCCGAGGUGCAGCUCUUUGUAAAUUAUCUGCGCCACAACACGGCAUUCCUGAACUGGAAGCGGCAAUAAAAUUGACACCGAAUAAUGAAAGUAUUAAACGUGAUCUAUUAACUGCUAGACAAUAUUUUAAUAUUAAAGAUUAG